AAAAUCUGGCCAAACGAAGUAGUUUCCAUGGUAAUAGCCGGAUCUUCGAGCCCACUCUCCACUUAUCGGUUGUUAUCGAGGUUGAGGAAGAGAAGGUCCAACAUGGUUGAGAUUGUGGAAGAACUUCGGAACAGUAAGACAAGACACAAGUUUCGACAAUUAGCAAGGGAGACAAGUGGAGAAAUCUUUGAUAUUCCAGAGGAGAAUUCCAUUAUCAUGGCAUAUGAUUAUAUGAAAGGCAAAAUAACAGCAGUAGGAGGUAUUACCUUUAAACUGGCCGACACAAAUAAGGACAAAGAAGAUAAACAAUUCCUUUCAGAUUUUUUUCAUCAUGUGACAUUUCUAUUUGUCAAAUCAGACUACCAAGGGAAUGGCAUUGGGACCAGACUAAUGGAACAAGCAAAGAUGGGAACAUACUUGCCAGCUCGAGCAAUACAUGUUCAAAGUGCCCAGAGGGCUGAAGGAUUUUUCAGUAAACUAGGUUUUGUCAGAUGUGGAGAUCCCUUAGAGAUUGUCUAUAGUGGCUCUCAUCUUUUCCGGACACUGAUAAAUAUGGAACUGAAAGAGAGCUUUUGCCUAGUGUCUAAGGCACGCAGUGGUACUGACACUUUAUCACCUGUUAAGCAUCUGAAAAUUCAGCAAGACUGAUCAGGAUGAAGUCUUAAAUUCAAAGCUUUAUUUUAAAUUGAUUUUAUUGGAAAUUAGGCCUACAGAGAUGAUUCAGUACCGGCGGAGCAUGUGGAGGGGAUGAGCAGAAUGGAAAUAAUUAAUGUGGGGGGAGCGGGGGUGGGGUAUGUUCUGUGUUAGCCUAGAACAAAUGUAAAGACAUGGCCAGCUGAUCUUACAUACAGGACAAUUUUGACUUUGAAAUUUCACAUGUAUUGCAGUUUACAGCUUGAUACGCAUCAUUAUAGUUUACUCCCCAGUAAUCACUUAGAAUGCAUGUGAAGCGAUCUGGGGUGAUCUGUGGUUGGAAAACUUCCAGGGUCCUAAACCUCAGGACCCACCCCUGGCUUUGUGCUGAGACACUAAUUCCACUCCCAUGCCCAUGUUGGGAACAUUCCACCCAACCUGUCAUACAUAUGGCUACAACAGUAUGCGAGCCUAAAUUAAGUGUAUCAUUAAUGUUAGUCUUGUUCAAAAUCAGGAGGACAGUGUUAACUGAUAUACAUAUAAUGUCUAUGACCAGGCUGCUCUGUACACGAUGUACACAUAUAAAAUUUUUUUUAAUUUUAAACAUUUAUCUUCUUAACGUGUCCAGUGAUUUCAUUGGUUUUAUGAUUUACUUGUAGUAAGUUAGAGUUUUACUCAAACUAUUUGAUGUCAUCGAUUAAGGGGCCAUUCAGAAGUUAUGGAAUUACUGUAUUAUUACAUAAUUUUGUAAUUAUUUUUACAGAAUCCACUUCAAAGCUUUUAAAGGGGAAUUGCUACUGUAUAAUUAACGGGUAUUGUCAAGCUUAGACACAUUUACACUGACAGUUAAAAUAAAACCCUGAUUUAGAUUAAUUUGGUCUGAAAUCUGCAUAUAUGGACAUUAAAUGUUAUUCUUUGUGAAUGUUCACUGUGUUGUUGAUCAACCAGUGAUUGUUUUAUGGCAUAGACUUGCAAGCUAUGCAUAAAUUUGCUUGUCCACUGAAUGUGACAUUUGCUUACACUUUGUCACCUUGUCAGAUGUGAGAUAUCUGCAAAUUUGUUUUCGAUCAUAUCUUGCUUUAUGAUAUAGAAAAAAUAUAUGGCAUAGAAAACCAAUGAAGAGCUCAAAAUGAUCCUUAUUGAACAGCGAAUAUAUGCCACAUAUAGAAAACCAUCAGUAAUCAAGAUUAAUCUAAUUAUCUUCUAAAAACCAGAGCCCAUGGGUUUUAAAGUGUUGUGCAAUAGCAGGAAUAUAGGUUAAAGUGUUGUGCAAUUGCAGGAAUAUAAGGUAUUAGCCUCACGAAUGAGGGUCAACUGAUCUAACAAUGCACUGACAUACCGAGCAAUACUGAGCCAUACUGACUAGUGGCAUUAAACUGUAGGUCCAGGGGAUCUGUGACUAUCGGCUGCAAAACAAGCUGCCCAGGUUUUGCAACUCAGUCACGUUACCCGCAACAAACAUUUUUUUUUUUAAUCAUGGCCUUGCCGAAUCAUUGGAAAUGCAACGAUUUUGUAUCGUGCAGCUAAAGAGUGCAAAAAGACAACACUAACAUUUUACUGAAAAAAAAAAAAAAAACAUAAUCUAACCGACAUGUUAUGAACUAAGUUAAAAUAUUGUGCUUCACAGCAAAGAUGCUUCACAGGGGUUUACAUACCCAAAGAGAAGGAAACGUUACCCAGAUGCUAAAACCUCUCACACGUACAGUAAAUUUUGAAUGAUUACUUUGACAUUAUACUAUUAUCAGAAAUACGUGAAAAUGUGGGCAGGGUGCCCUAGAGGAAUACAAGAGAUUUGUUUUAUGUCCUGGUCUGGGUCAUUAAGUUGAAAAUUUAACUUCUGUAUGUUCUAGUGCAUGUUAUGGUGGUUAAUAUCACAAACCCAGAAAAGAUUUCAUUAGUGCAUAGUCUGUGUAUUCUAUCUGGAACUAAUAUAUAAUAUCUGUUGUGUUAUCCCCAGUUUCUGUGUAUUGUGAGGAUUACUUUGAUGGGUUGGAUGUCCUGUGUGGAACAGGGACGAAGAGUCAAAUGUUGACAAGCAUAUUUUCUGAUAAAUGCCAUAUCAGGAGACACCUGAAACUGGACGCCCAGUUGAGGAAGGCGUGCCUACAAAACCUUUUACCUAGUGUUGGUUUCUGUUUUCAACAAACUCCGCAUGUGACGCAUUGGUAUAUAUGGCCUAUUUGUUUUGCUGUUUUGAUCAGUGCAGAGCACAUAAGAUGUGCCAAUUCAAGUUAAGUGAACAAACAACUGUCUUACACGUUAUUUAGGAU